GAAGGGGCAUAAUGGGAAACAAAUGAUGUUCCAUCGCAGAAGCUUAUAUUAACCGCAUUGCAUCGCAUGAUCUUCAGCAUCGUCAGACUGGUAUUGGUUCCGAUCCACGAAAAAUGUUGGCAGUUUUCGACAAAUCGGUGGCAAAGAGCCCAGAGGGUUUGCAGAGCCCUCACUCAGUUUCUGUGUCAGCCCUGAAAGAUGGGUUUCUGGCACAGCACUUCUCUACGGUUCACCCUGGUUCCGUCACCGUCAAUUUUGGCCCUUCUGGUCUUUUGGCUUAUUCUCUUCACAAACAGAACCCCCUCCUCCCAAGGCUGUUUGCAGUUGUGGAUGACAUCUUCUGCUUGUUUCAAGGCCACCUCGAGAAUGUUGCUCAUCUUAAGCAACAAUAUGGAUUGAAUAAAGCAGCAAAUGAGGUGAUCAUUGUCAUAGAGGCAUACAGGACACUAAGAGAUCGUGGUCCCUAUCCUGCUGCUCAGGUUGUGAGAGAUUUCCAAGGCAAAUUUGCAUUUAUUCUGUUUGAUAGUGGUUCUAAGACCACAUUUAUUGCUUCGGAUGAUGAUGGGAAUGUUCCCUUCUUCUGGGGUACUGAUGCUGAUGGAAAUCUCGUUCUUUCUGAUGAGACAGAUAUUGUAACUAAGAGCUGUGGGAAAUCUUAUGGGCCAUUCCCUAAAGGAUGUUUCUUUACAACAUCUGGAGGUUUGAGCAGUUUUGAGCAUCCACUUAAUGAGUUGAAGCCCGUACCACGGGUUGACAGUUCUGGACAGAUGUGUGGUGCCACUUUCAAGGUGGAUGCUGAGGCUAAGAAGGAAUCGACCGGCAUGCCAAGGGUUGGGAGUGCUGCUAACUGGUCUAAUAAUAUAUGAUUGCAACUCUAUUCUGUUUUCACAAUGACUUUAAUUUUAUGCGAACUCGGUUGAAUUUCAAGUUCUGGAUCUGUUCCCAUCAUGUGAUGAUAACUUUGAGGCUCAGGCGAGGCUUAGCUUGUCAAAUUAAUUUGCUUGCUGAAUCGAUAAAUGAUUUCAUGAAGCUAUAUAAAUUGCUUGGAAGCAAAUAUUGAGCUCAUACUCUUUAGGCACAGAUCAUGUAAUAAUAUCAACGUGCGGACAGGUUCAUCCUAAAACCGAUGAUUACUUACUGUUUUUGUUUGGUCUUUUUUUAUCUUUGCUUUAUUAAAGCCCUAUUUGUACCCUGCUUAAACCAUCAAUACGAUGGAUAUUAUGUCAAAAAUAGGGUCCCUAGAAAGUCACGUACAGCAUGAUUUUGUUUAGUGUUUAGAGUAAUGCUCAAAUUGCAAAAUAGCUGCGCACAUAUAUAACUAAGGGGCACUCGUAUAAUGAUAUAUCUGGUAUAUACUAACCCUGUUCAAGCAACAGCACUUUUCAUACAAACUAUAAUAAGCAAAUAUCAAGAAGAUUAAGGUUACUAGAAAUAUUCAGCCACUGGUAUCUCUUGUGGAUUCGGCCCAGAAGUCAGCAGCGACUUCAGUCCUUAGCGUCUGCAAUGCCCCCUGGUGUUAUCUGGAAGACGUAAUUCUGUCAAGAGAAAACGUGGAUAAUUGAGGUAGUUUUCUCCUCAUUCUCAGAUGUACUGUAGUGUGGUUCCAAUUGUCAUGAUUAUGUUUUUCCCCCAUCUAAAAUUAAUAGACGUAGCUGGUUCUAUGUAGAAUUAUGUAAAAGCCAAUUUCACGAUAUAAUAGCCAUAAUUUCGAAGUCAUUUGGGGCAAAUUGUAAGAUGACUCGCAAACUGAGAAAGAAAACUAAUAGAUUACUAAAGAAGCAAGGUCGGGUAAAGGAUAUCGCUUCAGCCUCUGGCAGGUUUGGGGCGUCAAAUACUUUGCAAAUGCGCUGAUCGCCUUUCCCUUUCCUGAACAUCAACCUUAUUGUGGCUGCAUGGGCGAGUACAUGACCUCCUGCUGGUUUCUUCGGAUCAGUUACGAACACCCCACCUCCUGGAUCAGCUAUGACUGCAACCAAAGCAAUAUUUUGAAGAUAAUCAUCAAUACGCUUAGGGUCCUCACAUAAAGCUACAACUAAAAAUCCAAUGCUAAUGCUUGUCGUAUCAAAACAAUCUUGGGACUUCGAAGUGAAAAAAAUAAACUGGAAAAAUAAAAUCUUAAUUCACUAAGGCAGAAUUUACCUUGAUUUGUCAUAUAAACAGCAACAUUGAACUCCUCAGCAAUCUUUGUCAAUCGAGAAAGCAUUUGUGCUAGUCUUUGCUGAAAAUGGUUUGUUCAAGUCAGCAAAAGCUGACAUGGGGAGGGGGUGAACCUAUUAUUUUAAGUGCAUAUUAAUGACAAGACCUGGCGUUCUGCAAGCUCUCCUCUUCCUGAAAAGUCCACCCGAAACAGAGCGAUCACCGAAUCCACAAUCUGCAGAAAUCAAUUCCGUUAACUGCCAUAUCCCAUGACAUUGCAAAGGAAGAUAAAUUUGUUACUCCAUUAGUAAAAUCUCACCAGAAGUCUGAAUGGUUCUUCGGACAUUUUAGCAGCCAAACCAAGGAGGAGGUUGUACUGAUGCUCAUAAGUGUAGGCACGAGCAUAUAUAAUCUGGCGCAGACACAAACAGUAUACGGUUAGGUGUCGACCCCAAAAUAUUUCCCUUCAGAACCAACUAUAAGAAAGUGAGAAAACUUACAUUGUCUAGUACAGCCCCAGGAUCCAUGCCAAAUCUCUCAGCUAUGGGAACAAUGCGAUCAGGUCGACUACAGUUAUUUGCGAAUUAACAUGCAACAUUGGUAAAAUUGGGUGGAUAUCAGUUUAAAAACAAUCGUAAGUUAUCGAUGCAGAGGGACUAGAAGUUCCUAGUAGUUAAGGCCAAUUCUUAGCUCUGUCACAAACACUAUACGGUUAAAUGUGAAGAGAGAAAAUAAUCAUACAAAGUUCCUUCCGUGUCAAUGUAAGCAACUUUUCCGUUUCCUCCCCUCAUAUUAGUUGGCAGCUGGAGAGGUCAGGAACGGUCAGUAGUAUACACCAAAUAUUUCAAUAUGCGUGAAAAUAAGGCUUAAUGCUUUUAAAUUCGGUGUUUAAUAAACUAUCAAUGCGUACGACAAGACAUACAAAAAUG